AUGUCUCUCUCCGCUGCAGACCUCCAGAGGAGGCACCAACUCGAAGGAGCAGACGACCCCUUUCCUGCUCUGCACGACUCCUCCCCGGCUGAACCUCGUCCUUCUCUGUCAAACGUCGAGCUCGACUCCCAAGAGGCCUUCCCUUCCCUUGCGCCUUCAGCCCAGGUGACCAAGCCUGCUGCUUCUGCCUGGGGCGCCGCCUCGGGUCCUCGCAUCAAGCCUACUGUUGUCAAGCAUACUGGCGUUUCUGACACGUUCACCAUCUCCAUCGCAGACAUUGCUGCGAACAAGGAUGGCAAACCCGCGUCACUCGGUGAGGUCAUGAAGCAGGUCAUGAAGCAGUACAGCAAAGUCAAAUUUGAGGCUUCUACCAACCAAAGAUCGCGCCAGACCACUUUCCACGCCAGGGCAGAAUCUCAGAAGGAUCUUGAAAAGGCCAAACGCAGUCUCUUGGCUUUGCUCAGUCCAGUCGUUACUGUCGUUCUGCAUGCCCCGGCUUCCACCAUCGCCUCUAUCAUUGGUCCUAAGGGUGCCACUCUCAAGCAGGUCCGUGAAAAGACCGGUGUCAGAGUGGACAUUCCGCGUCGCGACACCGUCCCUUCCAACGGACACGCUAAUGGCGGAUCACACUCACCCUCUCGCACUGUGACUCCGCUCCCUGGUUCAGUUGACGAGGACGAAGAGCCUACCGUGCCCGUCUCUAUCACUGGUCCCCAGCCUUUUGCCCAGGAGGCGCAUGCUCUGUUGGCCGAGAUUGUCGCGUCGAAACGUUGGUACAGCACUCAACGCGUGCGUGACAUCCCGUCGCACGUUCUGCCCUUCCUUGUUCCGCGCCGCAGUAUCUUUGAGGCUGCAGCUCAGGGGGGCAGUGUGACACUGACGCUGAACGCCUCCGCACAUGAAAUUACCGUGCAAGGUGAGCGUGAGGCUGUCGGUCGCGUUGUCGACGCGAUCCGCUCUGCUAUUGCCUUCUUUUCCACCGAGGUCACCUCGCUCAAGCUGACGCUGCCGAAGCGCCAACAUCGUCUGCUCUCUGAGAAAGGUGCUGAUGAGAUCAUGACUCAGAGCAAGUGUGCUGUGAUCGUCCCGAAGCCUGAGGAAUCGAACGAAGAGAUUAUCGUGUGGGGAAGAGGUGCGGACUUGGGUGCGGGUGUGCAGGCGGUGAUGGAGAAAGCCAAUUCUGCUUAUAUUCAUGAGUUCCCGCUUCCUGGACCGAUUGCUCUUUCCCGUCAGUUGCUCUCGUACAUGACCCACAUCAACUAUGCGGAGACUCUCAGCACGGCGCACCCAGGAGUUUCCGUAUAUACACCGGCUCAGGCAACUAUCGACAGGGCUUCUCCACUCAACCUUGAUAUCGUGGGUGAAAAACCCGCGGUCGAUGCCGCCGUCAGGCAGGUCUCGGAGCUCAUUGGGAAGCUCAUCGGCGCCACGAAGGAUCUAGCGAUUGAUUGGCUUCUGCAUCGUAUCAUCAAUUCUCCGAAGAAUGCCAAAAAAAUCAAGGCUUUCUAUGACGCACACAAUGUCCUCGUGUAUUUCCCUCCAGAGGAAGCGGAGCGGUCCUCGGUUCUGCUCGUGUAUGACCCUUUCUCACCGAACGCAUCCCCUUCCCCCGUCGAGAAGACCAAGAAUCUCGAGGAUGUGGAGAAAGAGUUGCUCAGCAUGGCCCGCGCGGCUGCGGACGUGAAGACACAGUCCAUUGCGGUGGAGAAGAAAUGGCACGAAGCUGUUGUCGGCAAACACGAUACUACGCUUAACGCGAUCAUCGGCGAGGACAAGACACUAUCCAUCAAGCUUGGUGCAGAGGCAGGUGAUCCAAGCAACGAAGAUAUCAUCGUCGUUCGCGGUGUGAGCGCCGAUGUGGACCGCGCCGUCAAGGAAAUCCUCAAGAUCGUCGAUGAUGCCAAGAACGACGAGAUCGUGAGCAGCUACCUCGCCGAGUUCGAGAUCGACAGAGAGUACGUUGGACGCAUUGUUGGUGCACAUGGUUCUGGCGUGAACAAGAUGCGCGAGUCUCUCGGUGUCAAGAUCGACUUCUCAGACGAGGCGGAAGAGAAAGACGGUGGCCGGAAGAAGAAGGCUGUUCACCAGAAAGCCAAGGUCACGAUUGUAGGCCGCGAAGUGAAUGUGGAAGAGGCCAAGAGGCGCAUCAUGAGCCACGUGGACAGACUAGCGGAUGAGACCUCAGAAGUGCUCAAGAUUCCUCACCAGUAUCACUCCUCUCUCAUCGGUCAGAGUGGCAAGUACGUCCUUCGGCUGGAGGAAAAGUAUAACGUCAAGAUCACUUUCCCGCGCGAGACAGCAGAAAACGGUGAGGGCAGGACCCGCGAGCCGCUCAAGCCCGACGAGGUCCUUGUCAAGGGUGGCAAGAAGGGCGUCGCAAGUGCCAAGUCCGAGCUCGUGGACGCGGUCGAAUUUGAGAAAGAGUCGAACAACGUUAUCAAGUUUACCGUCCCUGCUCGCUCCGUCGCACGCAUUCUCGGCAGAUCUGGUGCAACGAUUAACGAGAUCAAGGACAACACAGGUGCUCAAAUUGACGUUGACAAGGCCUUUGACGAUGGCGCAGUUGCUCACAUCACUGUGCGCGGUACUAAGCAAGCUAUAUCUGAAGCUAAGGCUGCCAUCAUGGAAAUCUCAGACCAGGUCGGGGAAGAGACGACUGUGACUCUAGAAGUGGAGAGCCGGUUCCAUCGUACAAUCAUUGGAGCUGGUGGUCAAGGCCUGAAGGAGCUCAUUGCACGCUGCGGCGGCCCCGCAGAUCAGAAGACUCAGGCGGGUCUCAUCCGGUUCCCUCGUCCAGGCGAGCCAUCCGACGAGGUUCGCAUACGCGGAGAACCCAAGCUGGUUGCCAAGUUGCAAGCUGAGCUCGAGAAGCUUGUGGCUGCUCUGCGAGACCGUGUGGUGCUGGGGGUUGAGAUACCUGCUGCUCAGCACCGCGCCUUGAUCGGCAGAGGAGGUCAGCACCUGAACGACCUGCAAGCACGCACCGGUGUCCAGGUGCAGUUCCCUGGUUCCCGUUCCUACCACCAAGUUGGCGAGCCGGAAAAUACUGCGGACUUGACUGGUGUGGACCCGGCUGACCUCGUGAAGGUGUCUGGUACUCGCGCUGCCUGUGAGAAGGCGCUGGAAGAGUUGAAGGGCCAAGUCAGGCCCCCUGCCCCAGGGGCGGUAACUGCAACGGUUACUGUGCCUUUGAAAUACCACCAUGCCGUGACACAGCAAGGCAACUUCUUCCGCAGUCUUAGGUCUUGCGGUGUUCAGGUUGAACAGUCUCUGCAUCCCAAGAAACCUGCCGUCCCUCCGCACCCUGUACCCCAAGCCGGUGCAUCAGAGGCCCGUAUCGACGACCCGGACGACACUACAGCCGCUGGGGUAGACUGGCAAGUCGUGCCGAAUUUCCAGGACGCUGAAGAGGGUGACUCCGAGUGGACGCUGAAAGCGCGAGAUCAGACUGGUUUGGACCGCGCUCUGAAGCUCACCCAGGAGGCUAUCGAACACGCUGAAAAGAUGACACAUGUUGGAUUCUUGACUCUUCCCGACCGGUCCUCCUUCCCCAGGCUUGUUGGAGCGAAGGGUGCCAACGUGGCUCGACUUCGCGACGAGAGCGGCGCUGAUAUCACUGUCAGUCGCGAAGACAGUACUAUCACUAUCAUUGGUUCUGAAUCUGCUAUCGAGACUGCAAAAGAGGCUAUUCUGAAAACCUCGUCGGGCCGCCCUCGUGGCCGUCGAGAUGCUUAG